AGAGGAUAUUCUGAAGCUUCUUCUUAACUUCAUUGGCUUCUUUCUUGUGUUUACCAUAGCUGCUCAUGUAAGAUAGAACAGGCUUUGCUGUUGAAAUUGAAGUGAACCAAAUUCGUCUCCUAAAUCCUAAUCUGCAGGCUGCAAAAUAUUGAAAAUUGGUGAUAAGAUGAACACUCUCCGCGCAUUUUGGAACAGUCCCAUUGGCCCUAAAACUACUCAUUUUUGGGGUCCUACCUUCAACUGGAGCCUUCCUCUUGCGGCAGCACUGGACACAAAGAAACCACCAGAAACUAUAUCUGUCAAUAUGACCGCAGUUAUGUGUGGUUAUUCGGCAUUGUUUAUGAGAUUUGCUUGGGUGGUGAGACCACGUAACAUACAUCUUCUUGUAUGCCAUGCCUCCAACGAGACUGUGCAAUUAUAUCAAUUCUCAAGGUGGUUCAGAGCUCAAAGAAGCACUGAGCAGAAGAAAGAGGAAGCAGAUGCAGAAUGAAGCAUAUUUGUGCCAGCUUCCAAGUCCAAAAACAAAAUUAUUAUAUCUUCAAAAAUUAGUCUUUGGUGGCUCACAAUUCACCAAUAGCUCUUUUAUUUGCUUUGCGAUCUGGACACAUUAUA